AUGCUAACAAAAAACUUUUCCGGUGCUCUUCAAUUAACUGAUUUAGAUGAUUUUAUUGGUCCAUCUCAGCAAUGUAUAAUACCUAUGCAAACAAAACUUGCCGAUAAUACCGAUGAUGGUCUUAUUAAAUUACGUACAAAAAAAUCUAAUAAAAUCGAAGAAGAAUCAACACCAAAAGUCGCUAAAAUAACAUUGAAUGAUUGUUUAGCAUGUAGUGGAUGUAUUACAUCGGCUGAAAGUAUUCUAAUUGAUCAACAAGAUUAUCAUGAAGCACAACGUGUACUUCAACUUAAUCAAUCACUUGAUCAAAAUGAUCCCAAUCGAAAAAUAACUGUUAUUUCAAUUUCUCCACAAAGUCUUUCAUCACUUGCUGUUAAAUAUAAACUCGAUGGAUUAACAUGUGCACGACGAAUAACAUCAUUUUUAAAAACAAAAUUAAAAAUUGAUUAUGUUUAUGAUAUAUCAUAUGCACGAAAUUUUUCUUUAAUUGAAAUGAAAAAUGAAUUUAUUACACGAUAUCAAAAUAAUCAUCAAAAUUUACCAUUACUUACAUCCGAAUGUCCAGGUUGGAUUUGUUAUGCUGAAAAAACUCAAGGAGAAUAUAUCAUUCCGCAUAUAAGUCGAGUAAAAUCACCACAACAAAUUCUUGGUUCACUUAUAAAAAAAGAUAAAAAUAAAAAUAUUUAUCAUAUAUCAAUUCAACCAUGUUAUGAUAAAAAACUUGAAGCAUCAAGACAAGAUUUUUAUGAUGAACAACGACAACAAUAUGAUGUUGAUUGUGUUAUAUCAACCGGUGAAUUUGAUAAAUGGCUUACUGAAGAACAGUUUGAUCCUCAAUCGAAUUCUGAUCUUGAUUAUGAUGAACCAUAUUGUAUGAAGGAUGAAAAUGGUCAAAUGAUUCUUACACAUCGUGGUAGUGGUUCAGGUGGUUAUCUUGAUUAUAUAUUUCGUUCUGCUGCUAAAGAAUUAUUCAAUGUUGAUUUAGAUGAUGGACCAUUAGAAUUUAAAGUUACUAAAAAUCAAGAUUUUCGUGAAACUAUUUUAACCAUCGAUGGACAAGUUCGACUUCGUUUUGCUUAUGCCUAUGGUUUUCGAAAUAUUCAAAAUAUAGUUCAAAAACUUAAACGAAAUAAAUGUGAUUAUGAUUUUGUUGAAAUUAUGGCAUGUCCAUCUGGUUGUGUCAAUGGUGGUGGACAAAUACGUAGUACUGAUGUUAAUCUUGAUGAUGUUCGACAUAUAUAUGAAACAUUACCUCAUCUUAAUCAACCGUUAAAUUUGAGAAUAGAUGAAGAAAAUCAUAUUUCAUUAUUUACUGAAUAUCGACCUAUUGAAAAAAAUAUUUCAAAUACUUUUAAUUUAAAAUGGUAA